UUUUUGGAUUGAAAACGAUGGGUAGAAAAGAUGCCUCUACAUCAAGGACUCCUGUUGACCAGUACAGGAAACAAAUAGGAAAACAAGAUUAUAAGAAAACCAGGCCUAUGUUAAGAGCUACAAGAUUAAAAGCAGAGGCCAAGAGAACUGCACUAGGCGUAAAGGAAGUUGCCCUUGUCCUUGCAGCUAUACUGGUAUUUUUGUUGGCUUUCUAUGCUUUCUUUUAUCUUAACAUUUCCAAUGAAGUUGACCUUGAUCUGGAUCCAGAGGAAAACUAGCAGAUGCAAUGAAUCUAUCAUCAAGAUUUCUUCAGCUUCAACAAGACUACGUAGGAAUACACAGUCCCUUUACUUGAGACCGUAAAUGAUGCCAUUUCUUGCAGUCCAAAUUAAUAAGAAAGUUUUGCAAUACGUCAGUCACUUUUACAUUCCAGAUCUCCAGAAUAACACUCAUGCCUGGCCAAGUAUAUUUGAUUAACACCAAAGCCAGGAGCAUCAGUACAAUACAUGAAGUUUAUUGUUUACAUUAUUUUUUUCUCAGCCAGAGAACUUUGAUGUCAAAGGCAGGUGCUGUUAUUGUCAUGGGUAUUGAUGCUGACUUCACAGGAGGAGUGUCUCCCUUGACCAAAUUUAGGAAUCAAAGCUUACUAACAACCAAAUUAGUUUCCUUUUCCUUUCCCAAAAUAAAGCAGAAAUACCA